CUUGCUCUCGCGUCCAUCACCCACGUACUCUUCGUACCUAUACCCUCCUCGAUACCUCUGCCAACGGGAUACCCACCAUGCAGUCCUCCCUGCGCACCCGCAAGUCGCAGGCGCCACCGCGCAAAGCGCAGCGCUCGGGUACCAAGCUGGGCAAGCCUGCCGUGCCCCGCGACCGCAAGUCGCGCGUCGACGACAAGAUCAAGAAGCGCAUGUCGAUGCGCUAUGCAGAGAUCUCUGGGCCGACACCGGUGGGAGGGAUCCCCGCGGUACCCAGCCUGCCCGCGGGCAUGGGCGCGCCGCGCGCGUUCAGGGAGCAAGAUGAACUGGUGCGUGAGCCGAAGGACAAGGCGGCGCAGGAGAAGCAGGCGAAGGAGGACGACAAGAAGAUUUUGGACGAUGAUAACUUCGAUGCGGAUGCUUACCUCAAGUCGAAGCUGGCGAACUCGACGGAGGCGGAGAUCAAGUCGUUGCAGUCUUCUUUGCGCCGCGCGCAGGGGGAUAUGGCGGUCGAGCUGCAGCGGAACGUGUUCAACAACUACGCGGAGUUUGUGCAGAUCUCGAAGGAAAUAUCUACACUUGAGAACGAAAUGCUGGAGCUCAAAGAGUCCCUCUCGGAGUACAAGUCAAUGCCGUCCCUUUUGCACAUCCCCGACCCCUCCACAAAUGGCUCGACCAUGUCCACCUUCCGCCGAUCCUCAGUCGCGGACCUGCGCAUCAUGUACUUCAACCAGAUGCAGGCACUGCACGCGCAGAUCGAAGGUUCUGCCAAGUUUGCACCGACGACACCAGGACGGCACGUCGUGAACGAGAUGGAUGGCGUGGCGGCGCUGAAUGCGGCAACGUACAAGGUCGUGGGGAAGGUCAAGUUCGUCAUUCUGGACGAUCUUGUCCUGGUCGCACGCCGGAGACGACGAACAGCAGCUGCAGAGACGCGUGGAGGCAGCAUCAGCGAGGGAAAGCUCGUUGCGGAGAAAUGUUGGCCGUUGAACGAGAUGAUGGUCCUCGACACGAAGGAUUCCCCGACUAUGACGAACGUGUUCAAAAUCCGACACGGCAAGGAAACCAAUGUCUACCGCACGGAUACACCAGCGGACAAGAAGGCAUUGCUGUCCCAAUUCCGUCAAGUUGCUGAGGAGUUGGCGGAUAAGAGGCGAAAGGAGCGGGAAGGCGAGCAUGAGAGGCGAAAGAGUAUGUGGACUGGGGCAGACCGGUCAUCCAUGGCUUUUAACCCCGACCGCCUACCACCCAUGAACGACUGGAUGGCGGACCUCGCGCGCAAUGCUGGUGUGAACGUUGGGUCUUCCGCGAACGACAAAUCAGAACGCGACGGCCGAUGGGUGGGCGAAUGGGCGGAUGAGUUGACCGUCGCCAUCGCGCUGAGGGAAUGGGAGAAGGCAGUGACAUUGGUUGAGCAAGGCAAGGCGAAGUCGUCCAUGAUGCCUUCGUUGGCAACGAAGCUACCCAUCCUGUCUUCCCAGCUUACUUCUGCGCUGCUUCAAUCCCUUUCUAUGCCCUCAAACCGCAAGUCUACCGUGAUCGCCCUCAUAUCGUGGCUUCUGCGCUUGGAGGCCGGCCCGGCUGCGCGGUCGACCUUCUUGAAUAUGCGCACGCAGGUGUUGCGUUCGUUGGUCCGCAAGAUACCCUUCGAGGGCCAUGUCGGUGCCUAUGUUGGAGAUCUCGCAGUCGUGACCUUCACUGCGAUCAAGCAUACGGCAGACUGGUUCUUGGCGAGCUUCAAAGACAAUGAGGCGGCUAGCGCGUUCAUCGAAUGGGCGAGGCACCAAAUCGAGGGCUACGCCGAGGCGUUCAGGAAACAGGUCUACAGCCCGGACGUCGAGCGAAAGGUUGUAGAUGAGUGCAUGACCAUCACGUACUCGCAAAGUCGAAAGCUAUUGCAAGAAUACGGUCUCGACUUUCGAUUCCUCUUCGAUGAUUUAUUGCUUGAGCAUCCUCGGGAAACUGGCAGCGUUAAACCUAUACCAGCCCACUUCGCCUUUCAUGCGCGACACACGAAAGGCUCUGAGGCUUCCCUCACCCCUUCAUCGACGCCAAAUACCCGAUCGCCGGCGACAUCAGCUAUGACAUUGCCGGACGACGUACCCGACGUGCCAGCCCUACCGCCCACAUCGCGCUCGAGGUCGGGCAGUGUCGCCGCACCUCGUCCGAUGCCAGGGGGAUUGUCGAACACAUCGUCACCCGUGCCGACAUCUUCGCGCAGGACACCAGUGUCGUCGGCAGGCUCGACCACGCCUGGCGCGUAUAGGCCAACAACGCCGGGGUCCACCCGCAGCGGGGGCGUGCCGCAAACCCCGCCUAGGGAGCGGCGGGGUGUGCGCACGCCGGCGCCGCCUCCGCCGCGUUCGACGCAGCGGCCUUCGAGCUCUGCGCAUCGGGCAGUUGCGCAGCAUGAUGGGAUGAUCUGAUAGACAAGGCGAGGACGAGGUUUAGACGUGGACUUGCACGGACAGUAUACUGUAGCACUAACUCUUCGCGCGUCAUGUACAUUAAAACUGGUAGGCAUCUAUGGACUUCUUUGUUUCUGUCUGUGCU